CUGGCGCCCUGGCACUGCACCUCCGCUCCGCUCCGCUCUGCUCUGCUCUGCCCAUCUGCUCCUCCGGCCAUUCUCACCCCAAGAAAGCGGAGAAGACUCGAGCGGGACCGCCAUGCUCUCGCGGCUCGCGAACCCGCUCUGGAUGCAGGAGGACAGCGGCCAAGAACAGGGCAACGGCCACGAGCAGCAGCACCACCACCACCACGCGCCGCCGCCGCCGGCCACGGGGCUGGGGAUGAUGCCGGCGCAGGGGCAGGAGGACCAGCACCUCCUGGCCCUGGUGGCCGCCUCGGGGGGUGGGGGGUUCCGGGCCCCCGCGGUGCUCGAUGACGACUGGUACUUCGACGCCGUGGCCGCGGGCGCCGGAGCCGGCGCGCAGGGGCCCUUGCUCCUGGCGCCGCCGGCCCAGGCGGCGGGGUCGGCGUCCGGCGCAGGGUCGCAGCUGUUCUCGCUCUUCAACAUGGGUGGUGCCGCGCCGUUCGACGUCCACGGGUUCGACCUCGGCCUCUCCGGCGGUGGCGGCGGCGGCGGUCUGGCUUCGUUUUCUGGCACCGGUAACGCUUCGAACGCUUCGUCGUUGUCCGUGAUCCCGGCUGGGGGCGGCGGGUUCCUGGGCUCGUUCGGAGGCUUCGGCACCGCGCCUGCGCAAAUGCCGGAGUUCGGCGGCCUCGGCGGGUUCGACAUGUUCGACACCAGCGCCGGCUCCUCAGCGGCGGCCCCCCCUUCUUCGGCGUCCCUGACGGCGCCGUUCUCCGCGCGCGGGAAGCCGGCGGUGCUGCGCCCGCUGGAGAUCUUCCCGCCGGUGGGCACGCAGCCGACGCUGUUCCAGAAGCGCGCGCUCCGGCGCAACGCCGGCGAGGAGGACGACGACAAGAAGCGCAAGGCGGCGGCGGUCGCGUCUUCGGGCGGCGGAGACACGAUGCUGGACGACGCCGACGACGACGGGGUGAGCUUCGACGCGUCCGGGCUGAACUACGAUUCGGAGGACGCGAGGGGCGUCGAGGAGAGCGGCAAGAAGGACGGCAAGGACUCUAACGCCAACAGCACGAUGACGGCCGACGGGAAGGGCAAGAGGAAGGGGUUGCCGGCCAAGAACCUCAUGGCAGAGCGCCGUCGCCGGAAGAAGCUCAAUGACCGGCUCUACAUGCUCCGGUCCGUCGUCCCCAAGAUCAGCAAGAUGGACAGGGCCUCCAUUCUUGGCGACGCAAUCGAGUACCUGAAGGAACUGCUGCAAAAGAUCAACGAUCUUCAGAACGAGCUUGAGUCAUCCCCUUCCACAGGCUCACUGCCUCCAACGCCCACAAGCUUCCACCCUCUGACUCCGACGCUGCCCACUCUGCCGUCUCGCGUGAAGGAAGAGAUGUGCCCAAGCGCAUUGCCGAGCCCUACUGCUCAGCAACCAAGGGUUGAGGUUAGGAUGAGGGAAGGCCGGGCGGUCAACAUCCACAUGUUCUGUGCUCGCAGGCCUGGUCUUCUGCUUUCUGCUAUGAGGGCAAUCGAAGGGCUCGGUCUCGACGUCCAGCAAGCUGUUAUCAGUUGCUUCAGUGGAUUUUCCUUAGACGUCUUCAAGGCUGAGCUAUGCAAGGAAGGCCCUGGGCUUCUGCCUGAGGAAAUCAAGGCCGUCCUCUUGCAAUCCGCGGGGUUCCAUGGCGCGAUCUAGGACAACAAGAUGGCUGAACCAACCGAAAAAAGACAGUGUAGUUAAGGAAUUUACAAUCACCGGUGUUUCCGGUGUUAGGGGUAAUUUUCGACAGAACCAGCUUCGUCAAUUGUUAAGUUUGAGACCUGCUCGAGGUUUUUCAGAACAAUCAACUUAUCUAGCAGUAUUUAGAGUUUAGAGUUGAGAAUAAUGUCAGUAAUCUCCAAUGUACUAGCUCCGUUAUAAUUUCUCGGUACAUGCUUUCGCAUUGUGUGGUUAACUUGUGCUGCGAUUGUGAUGGUUCAAAAGUGGACCGUUCGGAAACAGCUUAAA